AUAACAGGUAAAAGCCAAUCAAUUCAUUGUAAAUAGUCACGUGAUAUGUCGAAGAGUAACGAGCCCGCUUGAAGAUGGCCAGAAUAAAACUUAAAUUGUUAAUUAUUGGAUUAUUAUGUAUUGAAUUUACUACAUCACAAUGGGCAGAGGAAUGUCGUAAUCCACAACCAAUUGGGCUCAUGGCCCAUGCCCGUGAUGAUGGUGAACCUACCAGAGUUCCAGACAGUAGGAUAUGGGUGUCAUCUCAGGGUCACGAGGCCAGAGGGGGUUCACAAGGACGUCUUUAUGGCGAUAGUGCUUGGCAAGCUGGUAGAAAUGAUUUUGACCAGUGGAUUGCAGUAGAUCUGGGUUCGGUGCAGACAGUAGCAGCUGUCUCUACUCAGGGUAUGAGGGGGUCAGACCAGUGGGUCACGCAGUAUUACAUCCUAUUUAGUGAUGAUAGGAACACUUGGAAAUAUUUCACAGAUGACUUUGGUGAACCUAAGAUGUUCCUUGGUAAUUGGGAUGAUAACAGCGUGCGCAGGAACACAUUGCCUUAUGACAUCAUUGCACGAUAUAUCCGCAUAAACCCUCAGCGAUGGCAUUCUUUCAUUUCAUUAAGAUUGGAAAUAUAUGCAUGUCCAUUUGUAAGUGACGAUGCACAAUUUGAUGGCAAGAGUCGUAUCAGUUAUGAUGUCAGUGGUUCAAACCAAUAUAUGCAAUCUGAGCGCACAACAUUCAAAGGACGUUUUAGAACAAAUUCUCCCAAUGGAUUAUUAUUUUACGCAGAUGGUAACCAAGGAGAUUAUUUUGUAGUGGAACUGUAUAGAGGUGCUCUCAAUUUACAAAUUGAUUUAGGCUCCACCGCUACAAGUCCAGGGGAGACACUAAUCAGAGCUGGCAGCUUAUUGGAUGACAACCAGUGGCAUGACGUAGAGAUAAGUCGUGUUGGCAAGGAAAUCAGUUUCACCAUAGAUCGUCAAAAUAUCGUGAAUAGAACUAGGGGAGACUUUUAUCAGCUUGAUGUUGACAAACAACUUCACAUUGGUGGAAUUCCAAGUUUUAUGGCAGCAGGAAAACGGGUGAUGGUUCGAAACAACUUCACAGGUUGUGUGGAGAAUGUAUUUUUCAAUGGCAUUAACUUGGUGCGCGAUGCCAGAAAUCAAGUGGAUAGAUUUAGUGUUGUGGGAGGAGUUACAUUUGAUUGCCAGAGUGUUUCUAUCACACCAAUGACAUUUCCUACAACAGACAGCUACCUUAAGUUGUCUUUCGCACCAACAGCCAAGUUAACAGCUGCCUUCCAGUUCAGAAGCUAUAAUAAAGGAGGUCUGCUAUUCAUGAAUGCACUAAACCCAGGUGGUUAUGUGAUACUGAAGCUCAAUGUGGAUGGCUAUCUUGAGUAUCAUGUGUCAACAUCUAAUGACCCUUUAGUGAAGGGCUGGAUCAUCAAUGCUGACCUGGAUAGUGAAACGGAAGAAUUCACAGAUGGUCUCUGGCAUCAUGUAGUGAUCAGCAUAGAAGGUGGCUCCACAUCCUUUUUGGGAAAGAUCAACAUCACUGUUGAUGGCAAACCAACAGUGUCCAAUAGAAAAUUGGAAAUCACUACCACAAGCGAUUACUUCAUUGGAGGUGGAGUUGAUGGGGAGAAUGGUUUCCUUGGUUGUAUGAGGAAUUUAGAGGUAGCAAAUAACCUAAUUGACUUCAAUCAGCUUCCAGUAGGCUCUGAGCAAGUAGAGGCCCAGAAUGGUACAUGUGGUAUCAGAGACAGAUGUACACCAACACCAUGUGAGCACUUUGGUGUCUGCUCACAGAACUGGAACACUUUUAUGUGUGAUUGUACUGGCACAGGAUAUGGAGGCGCUGUCUGCCAUAUAUCUGACUUUGCCGUGUCUUGUCUGGAGGUAAAGCUACAGAAUCCAACUCUGCCAAGUAGGAAGUCUCACAUAGAUCUGGAUGGAUCUGGGCCAUUGGAACCUAUGGAGGUUACUUGCGUGUAUACAGAGGACAACACUGAUAUGGUUGAAACCCAUGUUGCUCAUGCUAACAUGGGUGAGACAGAGGUAAAUGGCUUUGCAGAGCCUGGCUCAUACAUUCGACCAAUCAUCUACCAAGCAGGCAAAGAACAAUUUGAUGAACUUAUUGGCAGGGCAUACAACUGUAAACAAUUCCUUAAAUACAGCUGCUUUAACUCAAGGCUUCUCAGUCCUACAGGUAUUAAGAACACACCCUCAUAUGGUUGGUGGAUUGGACGAACAAACCUCAACAUGGACUACUGGGGAGGAGCUGCCCCUGGGUCAGGGAAAUGUGCAUGUGGGCUACAGGAUAAUUGUGAACAGGGCUCUGAGACUUGUAACUGUGAUGCACAACAAGCUAAAUGGACAUCUGAUGAGGGGAAUCUUGAACAUAAGGAACACUUGCCAGUCAUGGAGCUGAGAUUUGGAGAUACUGGAUCUAUCAAUAGUGCCAAUAGAGGGCGACACUUGCUGGAGCAGCUUAUUUGCUAUAAAGAUAGUCUUUUUGAUAAUGUAAUAACAUUCCGUAAGGCUGAUGCAGCUAUCACAUUCCCAACAUACGAGGGUGCUAUAUCUGGGGAUAUCAGGUUCCAGUUCAAGACCACACAAGAAAAUGGCAUCUUCUUACAAAAUACUGGUGGAGAGGAUUUCAUUGAAGUCAGAAUCUCAUAUGGAAAUACUGUACAGUUUCGCUUCAACGUUGGUAAUGGUAUUCAAACAUUGGAGAAGACAACUUCGUACCCCUUAAGUGAUGAUAUGUGGCACACAGUCCAUGUGGAACGUAAUCGUAAACAAGCCAUGUUGAAGGUAGACACACAAGCACCAGUGACCAGGGAUGAACCUACAAACAUAGGCUUCAGGGUCCUCAAUCUUAACAGUGAUAUGUUUGUUGGUUCCUCUGUAGAUUACAAGGAUGGAUAUGUUGGUUGUAUGCGUGCAUUGAUGGUUAAUGGCCAGAUCAUGGAUUUGAGAGGGAAGAUCGAACGAGGAGAGACCACAUAUGGGGUGUCUACAGGUUGUGUACCCAAAUGUGCCAGCAGUCCUUGUAUGCACAAUGGAAUCUGCAAGGAGGGGUACUCUCACUAUACAUGUGACUGUGCCUAUACUCCGUUCAGAGGCUGGGUGUGUGGAAGAGAGGUUGGAGUGAACAUGCAACCUGGAUACAUGAUCAGAUAUGAGUUUGACUCCUCAACUGGAACUAUAUCAACUGAUGAGGAAACCAUUAUUAUUGGAUUUUCAACCCAGGUGAAACAGGGUAUCCUUAUGCAGAUCAGGAACGAUCCAAAUCUUCAGAUUCCAGAAUACAUUUCUAUUGAGUUGAAUAACAAUGGUGGAGUGAAGGUAGCACUCGAUGUUGGAUUUGGUCGUGAUGAGUUCAGUACACAGAAUCAGAACGUAGAUUAUGCAAAUGGCCAACAGCAUGUGGUCACUGUCACAAGAUCAAACCUUGGACGCAAGGUGACCAUCAAAGUUGACAAUUAUGAGGAAACCACUAAAGAAUGGCCAGAUCUUCCCGAUGAUGCAGACACCAAGCUUGAUGAUCCCAAAUACAUCUAUUUGGGCAGAAAUGAGACAACCCCAACUGGAGAAGGCUUCAAAGGAUGUCUGUACCGUUCACAGUUUGACAAUAUCUUCCCCCUUAAACGUACUUUCCAGGACCCCAGACCACCAAACAUAUACACAGUGCCAGAUGAGAGUAUCAGAGAGGACAUGUGUGGCUUUGAAGAGAUCACAUGGCCACCAGAACCAGAAGAGACUCGACCUACUCCAAUGCCAGACUUAAACUCAACAUUAACAGCCUUCCCUCCAGAUCUAAUUUGGACAACAGAGAGACAGGUUGCCAUUGGAGUGGUGCUAGCCAUAGUCUUCUUAAUUAUCGUCCUUAUUGCAUUCUUGCUGUGGCGGUACUGGUCUAGAGACACUGGUUAUCUCACCAAGGAGGAUGAGGGUGCUGAGAUGGCAGAAACUGCAGAUAUCGCAAUUGUACAUGGAAGGACGGGCCAACCUGAGGUCCAGAAGAAAAAAGAAUGGUUCAUUUAGAGUAUUAUUUAGCAGGAAUCUUAGCCCCAGUUUUCCCAUUUCAUUGUAUUAUAUCUGACAUUCCUUUGAACAUUAAGUGGACUUUAUUAGUGAUAGGGGAAAAUAUGUGUAGAUAUUGUACCAUAUUUAAAUAAAUUAAAUGUACAGUGAUAUGAGAAUAUAGUUGAAGCUCAGAACAUUCCUCAAUCAUCACCUGAUUAUGAUGACAAUUGUAUAUAAUCAGCUAUAUUUUGCAAUAUGAUGUGUUGAUUUAGGCAACGCUGCACAUGUAUGGCAGUAUAGGAAGAUACAUGUAUAUUUAACCUGGUUUCAAGAACUUUGAGAAAUCAAGAAUUUUGAUAUGGAGCCAUUUUCACAUUCCAGAGAAAAUGUAUUUAGAAUAUAUAUAAUGAUGUACAUUUUUGAUUCAGCAUUUUUAUAUCUUUUAUCUUAGGCAUUCUGGACCAAUGUAGGCCAGCCAUGGUCUUUUGCUUUUAAAAAUGUAGGUAACAUUUUUAACCAGAAAUAAUCCUCUUUAAAAUGGGUGCAUUUAACAUACAUGUACAUAUCUAUAUUCACUCAAAUGAAUGUUUUUACUUAACAAUUUAUUUUAAUACUUG